AGCCUCAGAAUCCCUCUAGGCCUCUGCUUGUGAAUAAAUCCUCCCCAGCUUCUCCUGUCUUCCCGGGGAGCAAGGUCUCCCCUGGGUUCACAUGCUGGACCCCACCAGGUCAGCUGGGCCCUCAGCUGAGACAGGGAGAAGGUGACAGCUGGCUGGGGGAACCCUGCAAAUCAGCCCUACGUGAGCAGGUGUUCAUUGCCCAUGCCAAGACCAGGAACAGCUUGAGGGCCUCAGAGAGAGUGCUGGUGGGACAGACACACAAAGGCCCUUUGUUGCAGCCAGGGCAGCUUCCUGGAGGGAUGCCUCAGAGGCUGACUGCUCCCUGAAGGGGCUGGAGUAGGGGCAUCCCAUCACAGAACUGGUGGCCCCAGCACCAGGAAGAACCACCGUGUGCCAGGGUUGAAUGUGGCUUCUGAAGCCCGAACUAUAAGGAAGCAGCCAGAGAGGUGGGGCACCUGGGCGAGCCUCUGCCCAGGCCAUGUUUGCAGUAAGUCAUGGCAAAUCAUGAAUUGAGAGGUGGUUCUCAAAACAGCCCUCGUGACCACUUCCCUGACCACCACCCCCACCCACCAAAUGCCAGUGACUGCACAGAUGGGCCCUCUUUCUCCUACCCCAAGUCUCCUCACUGCAGGGGAACCCCUGGGGUGAGCCUGUGAGGUCUGCCCCUCCCCCAGCAUGUACAGAAAAGCUCACAAUAAUUACGCAUUUAACACACAUUUCCUCCUUUAUGAGUUGGGGACAUUAAGAGACCUUUCCUCCAGCAUUAGGAUUAAGUCAGACAGAGCACUUAAAGCUGUAAGCACCGAGUCCUUGGUUCUGUACAGAAAUCCUCAGGCCAGUUCAAAGACAGAGUUGCUGGGCGCACCCUGGCAGGGCAAUUACCUCACAGUGUAGGGGAAUCCAGAGAGGUGGGCAGGACAGGCAGUGCUUUGAUUAGCCCUGCCUUCUCCUCCCUCCUCCUGUGGCCAGAGGCAGGCAGGAGGGCCCCAGGCAGCAGUCCCGCCUACCCUCCGCCCCUUCUUCAGUCUUGCACGCCUCCAGGGCUGGAAAGCUCAUUCUUCUUCUUCCUCCCAGCAGCUCUGCCUGGAAGUCCCCCAAUCGCUGUGCUCCUGCCCCCAGAUCGUGGGCUUAGGGGACAGCAAGAAAGCUGCAAAGGACUCAGCUGGGGCGGCCCCACAAGGACCCCACAGGCUUGAGGCGUUGCCAGGAUUCUAUCCCAGGCGGUUUUCUGGGUCCCCCAGAGCCCUCUCAAGCACAGGGAGGCAGAAGGGUCCUCGCCCAUUUCAGGAAUCUGCAGCCUGGAGGCCACAGCCAUGGCAGGACCCCGAUACCCAGUUUCAGUGCAAGGGGCAGCCCUGGUGCAGAUCAAGAGGCUCCAAACGUUUGCCUUCUCCGUGCGCUGGUCAGAUGGCAGCGACACCUUCGUGCGCAGGAGUUGGGAUGAAUUCAGGCGGCUCAAGAAGACCCUCAAGGAGACUUUCCCGGUGGAGGCAGGCCUGCUGCGGAGAUCUGACCGCGUUCUCCCAAAGCUUCUCGGUCAGGCCAGCCUGGAUGCACCACUGUUGGCACGCGUGGGGCGCACGAGCCGCGGCCUGGCGCGCCUGCAGCUGCUGGAAACCUAUUCUCGGAGGCUGCUGGCGACCGCAGAGCGCGUGGCACGGAGCCCAGCGAUCACUGGCUUCUUCGCACCACAACCCCUGGACCUGGAGCCCGCGCUGCCACCCGGCAGCCGGGUGAUCCUGCCCACCCCAGAGGAGCCGCCUCUCUCUCGCGCUGCGGGCCGCCUCUCCAUCCACAGUCUGGAGGCUCAGAGCCUGCGCUGCCUGCAGCCCUUCUGUACCCAGGACACGCGGGAUCGACCUUUUCAGGCGCGGGCCCAGGAGAGCCUGGACGUGCUGCUGCGGCAUCCCUCAGGCUGGUGGCUGGUGGAGAACGAAGACCAGCAGACGGCCUGGUUUCCAGCGCCCUACCUAGAGGAGGUGGCCCCGGGCCAGGGCCGGGAGGGAGUCCCGUCCCUAGGGAGCAGCGGUCCCCAGUUCUGUGCUUCCCGCGCCUACGAGAGCAGCCGCGCAGAUGAGCUGUCCGUGCCCGCGGGGGCGCGCGUGCGCGUGUUGGAAACGUCAGACCGCGGCUGGUGGCUGUGCAGGUACGGCGACCGGGCGGGCCUACUCCCCGCGGUGCUACUGCGGCCGGAAGGGCUGGGCGCGCUCCUGAGCAGGACGGGGUUCCGUGGAGACAGCCCUGCGGGUGAGGCCUGGGGCUUCCCAGAACCCUCCCAGGCCACCGCCCCUCCCCCCACCGUGCCCACCCGACCUUCGCCGGGCGCCAUCCAGAGCCGCUGCUGCACCGUCACACGCAGGGCCCUGGAGCGGCGCCCACGGCGCCAGGGCCCCUCUCGAGGAUGCGUGGACCCUGUGCCGCACCCCACGACGGAGCAGUGAGCGCGAGGAUCCCGAUGAGGGGAUGGACCGCGCCAUCCCAGGGCUGGGGAGGAGCGGGGAGGGCGGAUCUCCCUGGCCAGCAGGGAUGGGAGGGGGCCAUUUGCUGUUCCUCUCAGUAAAGCUUGUUCUGAAUGA